GAUUCACCCACGACGGGACGCAUGCUGUCCUCGCUUUCGGAUCAAAAGUUCCUAGCGGCAACGGAUUGCAACGCUGAAUAAUUUCAGUAUUUUGCACAGCCCGAUCCAUCCGACUCGGUCUCGUUCAGUCAAAGUCUCAAAGAUGGCACCAUCGUCGCCUCUUCUUCUCCUCUUUCUUUGUCAGAUGUCUUUUCCAUUUCAGUUCCACUGACCCAGUCUUUCGUUUCAUCUCUUGUUUUUUGUCUCUCCCCUGAUUUAGGUUGUGAUUCGUUUUUCAGACGUUUCGAUCCCGGAGCCGGGUCGCCGGGCUUUUUGACUCACCAACCGAAACAUCUCCACACCAACCCGUCUGAGUCUCGACACCCCGAGACGAGCCCACGCGCAUCCGGCUAGUCUCAUAGACGCCAUGUCGAAACACGACCUGCCCGCCGGGUUCCGUCCCAGCUACGAGACAUGCAGCGAACCCUCCCCAUACUGCCCCGUCCAAGCCACCACUCUCGGCUACUUCCCCAAUGAGGGGGUCAACAUCUUCCUCGCCAUCGGAUUCGGCCUGGCCGCGGUGAUCACCCUCUCUAUCGGCGUGUGGAAGCGGACGUGGGGAUUCUCCAUCGCUGUGGGAGCAGGAUGCAUCCUCGAGUGUGCCGGCUACAUCGGCCGUGUCCUCCUCGCCACUAACCCCUGGAACGGUGGUGCUUUCAGGCUGCAAAUCGUCGCCAUCGUCCUCGGCCCCACUCUCGUAUGCGUCGGACUGUAUCUCACUCUGAAACACGCCGUCGUCGCCCUCAACCAGUCCUUCAGCCGCGUCCCCCCGCGCGUGUACCCCCUAUUCUUCGUCCCGGCCGAUAUCUCCUGCCUCGUCAUCCAGGCCAUCGGCGGCGGCAUUGCGGCGUCCGCGGGACGGGACACCUUCAGCCUGCUGCAGCACGGCAACCGCACCAUUAUGGCGGGUAUCGUCCUGCAGGUGGUUGUGCUCGCUACUUUUGGUGCCGUGGCUGGUGAUUACCUGUUCCGGGUUAGCCGGUACUUCAAGAGCGGGAACGUUGCGUCCGAGUACCAGGCGGGGGCCGCGCUGUGGGUGACCAAGAAGUUCCGCAUGUUCAUGUGGGCUAUCGGGAUCGCCUACGCCACGCUGCUGGUCCGCUGCAUCUACCGUAUCGCCGAGAUGGCCGGCGGCUGGGGCAACCACAUCAUGCAGGACGAGCCGUCGUUUAUUGUGCUCGAGUCGUUCAUGGUGCUGAUUGCGUGUCUUCUGCUGGCCGUGUUUGCGCCGGGCAUUUUCUUCCCCCAGAUGUCGCACUCGUUCGUCGCCCCCGAAACCGAGAAGACGCCGCAGACGGAGAGCGACUCGGCCGGCUUCGAGAUGGAGCGUGUUUGAGCCGGGGAAGCAUGAGGAGCGGAGCAUAGCGUUACAUUAGACGUUAGAAAAUAGACUAAAGCCGGGGCGUUAUUGGAUAUACAUCCCCAGCACCACACCACAAAUCUACCUAAUCAAUCAUAAACAACCCGAUACCGCGUCAUCAAAAUCCCCGACUCCAACGCCUCCGCCUUCUCCAGCACCAACCUCCAGCCCUCCUCUCCCCUAUCCCCCUCUCCACCCCCUUCCCCAAACAUCUUGACCCCCCGCCCCACCACCACCGGCAUAACCGCCGCCUCGAC